GGACUAUCACAGCAUAAGAGAAUUCUAUCGACAGGCGGCACAGGUUUCCUCGGAAAAGUCCUCAUUGAGAAGCUCCUCUUCAGUUGUGAUGACAUCAAAGCCAUUUACGUUCUCCUGAGAUCAAAUCGCGGCCUCAGCAGUGAACAACGCUUUAAAGAGUUCAUCAAGAAUCCCGUCUUCGAUCGUGUCCGCGACCGUGAUCCCCUCGCGCUCAGCAAGAUGGUCUGCAUUGCGGGAGACAUCAAUGAAACGUCUUUCGGACUCGAUGAUGCAAACAUGGCAAAAGUUGUGGAGAACGUUACAGUGGUCUUCCAUGUGGCAGCCACGGUUAAAUUCAACGAGAGCCUUCGCGAUGCUGCCUGCCUCAAUACACUCGGCACUAAGCGCAUGAUGGAUUUAUGUUGCAAAAUGAAGAAACUAAAGAGUGUCGUUCACGUCUCAACGGCCUACAGCAAUCCGGGUUUGAAGUACGUGGGCGAGACGGUGUACGCGACCAAAGGACCCAUAGAUAAGGACACCUUCAUUAAAUGCAUCCAAGUUCUACCAAAAGAGAUAAUCGACUCAUUUGCGGAUCGAUUGCAGGGAACUCAUCCCAAUACCUACACACUGACAAAGUCAAUGGCUGAGGAAGUGGUGGCGGAGUACACAAAUAAAAUCCCCGUGUGCAUAGUGAGACCCUCAAUUGUAACAGGAUCCAUCAAGGAACCCUUCCCCGGGUGGGUGGACAACGUGUACGGCAUCACGGGGAUAAUGAUGGAGAUUGGACGGGGGACAAUCAGUAGCAUUAUGUGUGAUCAAAAGUGCAUCAUGGACCUCAUCCCCGUUGACAUUGUCAGCAAUACCCUCAUUACGGCCGCCUGGGCGAAUGUGUGCAACUACAAACGCAGCUCAAUCACCGUCUACAACUGCACAUCCGGGCAGAUUAACCCCGUCAUUUGGCAUGACUACGGGAGGAUCACGGAAAAGUGGGCAUGUCGCAAUCCCACCAAGUACGUUAUGCUCUACCCUGGCUUCAGCUACCGCACAAAUCGCCUGGUGCACAAAAUCGUCGAGCUCUUCCUGCACUUCCUACCGGCCUACAUCUUUGACAUCAUCAUGCGGGUGCAGGGCUCAAAACCCAUCAUGAUGAAGAUUGCAAAGAGAUUCCAAGCUGCUGCCAAUACGGGGGAGUUUUUCGCAAUGCACGAAUGGAUUUUCGACAAUGGCAACUUCCGGCAACUCAUGCGAACGGUUAAGGAGGCAAAAGACGGCGAGGAAUUUAAUUGUGACAUGACAAAUAUGGAUUGGGACUCAUACGUGGAGUCCUACAUGCUGGGAAUUAGGCAGUUUGUCCUGAAAGAUGGGCUUGAGAGCAUGAAGAAGGCACGGAAGAAACUCAAUCGACUCUACUGGCUCAAGCGUUUCUUCCAGGUGGGAUUCGUAUUCUUGGUGUUUAAGUUUAUUUUAAAACCCAUUUUUCAUUUCUUCUGAUGAAAACAUUAAGAAAAUAGUUUUUUUUUGAUACUUCCACAAAAAUCUUUUGUAAAUAAAUCUUGACACAAUUUAGAUAAAAAAUAAAAUCUUGAGAAAAACGAAUCAAUUUUAAAAUAAAGAAGUUUAGUUGUAGCAGUUACCAGAGCGCCGUGAUGAAAUUAGGAGCACCAUUUCAUCGAAAGAAAACUCGAUUGAGCUUUUGCUCGAAAUUGUAGGUAAUUUGUGCCCCUCUUU